AUGUCGUGCGCGCGCGCCGCGAUGGUGCGCUCCUUGGCGCGAUGGGCGACCGCGUGGAGGGUUCGACCCGGCGCCGCGACGUCGCGGCGACGCUCGCCGGUGAGUCACCGGCCGGUGACUCACCGGGCGUCGUCGUCGUUCGUCGCCGCGUCGUCAGCGACGGCGUCGCCGGGAAGUAGUAAGGGAGUGUACGACGACCCGCGAACGUACGAGCUCGCGUUCGGGUUCAGGGAGUUCGACAAGGAGGCUGCGUUCCUCGCGUCCAUCUCCGAGCGGCACGGCACGGGGCGACCGAUCGCGUCGUUGCUGGAAUUAGGCGCGGGACCCGCGUGGCACAGCACCGCGGUGGCGUCGCUGUGCCCCGGCGCCGUCGCCGUCGCGGUGGACAACUCUACCGCCAUGCUGACGCGCGCGAGGGAGCGCGUGACGACGUCGGCGCUGGACGAACGCGUCGCCGUCGUGGAAGGGGACAUGACGAGACUCGACGCCAAGGCGUGCGUGGAGCGGGCGACCGAGAUGGCGCGGAAGGAUGCCAAACCGGCCGUCGCGCGAGGGUUCGACGUCGCGUGCGUCCUCCUCGGAACCGCCGCGCACCUCGUGAACACCGAGGACGCGCUCGCGUGCCUCCGGGGGAUCCACGACGCGCUCGCGCCGGGCGGCGUCGCCGUGCUCGAGCUCGAACACCCGUACGACCUCUUCGAGGGCCAACUCAUGGACGCGCAGGGUGACGCGUGGGACAGGGAGGACGAGGCGCGCGGGGUCAAGGUGCUCGUGGAGUGGGGCAGGGAAGGGGACGCGUUCGACGUCGAGACGCACGUCGUCGAGCGCACCGUCGGGUUCAACGUGCUGGACGUCACCACGGGGCAACCCGCGAGCGGGUACGAACCUGUGGAGCAAAUCGUUCGGUGCAGAGUGUUCACCGCGCCCGAGGUGGACCUGCUCGCGAGGCUCGCGGGCAUGCGAGUGUGCGCGACGUACGGGGACAUGGACGAGCGCGUGCCGCUGGACUCGGAGGACGCGCACAACAUGCUCGUGGUGCUCAAGAAGGAUCACCAUUGACGGCGGCGUCUCUCGGUUCGCUAACGUUACUUUUACUUCCAUCGUAAGAACGAUGAGAGUCGUUCCGAAACACUCGCGUAAAAUCACCGAGUGCUCGUCGACUCGCUCACGCCAGGAAGCGCUCGCGCACGCGCCGCGAUCGCUCCGCGCGAUCCUCGCGCUGCCCAACCUCCGCCCUCAGCCGCUCCCCCUCCGCGAGCGCGUCCCGCAGUCGAAGCAAAUCGUCGCCGCUCUCCAUAUCCAGCGCCACCGCCCCAGACGUCAGACCCGAGAGGGAAACGCCCAGCGUCUCCGCGAGGUCACGCGCGAGCGCGUCGAGCCGCUCGCACUCGGCGGCGUACGCCACGCGAUGGUCCGGGCGCAGACACGUCGACUUGCCGCCCGAAACAACCCCGCGCUCGCCGCCACCCCGGCCGCCCGUCGCCCGUACGCCGCGUCUGAUCUUUCGAGCGAAUUGCAACGACGCGUCGGACUCGUCGUGCCUACUCGAUCGCCUCGAGACGCAGACGACGGCGAAGAGCCGAGCGACGCCGGACAGCGCCUUGGACACCAGCCGCGUGAACUUCGAGUCCCGGUACGGCACGUGCGACCUCGAGUCCGCCAGGGCGUCGACGCACCGCACGAACGCCUUGAGCGCGGCGUCCUCCGCUGUCGGUGAUCCUUUGGCGCGAUCGAUACCCGCUAAAUCGGCGACGGUGAUCUCCGAAGUCGUCUCCGACUCGGGAAGCCAAACCCCGCACUCAUCCAGCCGCCCCCGGCCGCUCCGCCGGGUGAUCC